AUGAUACCGGGACACGACGAUGACGUCAACGAAAGACCGAGAACUAUGGUACCGUCGCCUAGUAAUAACAUUCCACUUAUGAGAAUAGUGCAAUCAGUCAAGCAUACUAAAAAAAGAGGUUCAAAAGUUUUAAAAGAGGGUUGGAUGGUUCAUUUUACCAACAAAGACAAAACCGUUAAAAGACAUUAUUGGAGACUUGAUACUAAAGCUAUUACAUUGUUUCAAAACGAUACAAGUUCAAAAUAUUUUAAAGAAAUACCAUUAUCUGAGAUUUUAGCUGUUGACGCUGCAAGAACUUUAGUAGGAGAGGUUAUGCAUUGUUUUGAAUUGAGAACGACAAACGUUGAUUAUUAUGUUGGCGAAGACGUUUCCGCUAGUAAGCAAGAUGGUUCUUGUUCUAUGUCUUCAUCCGAAAGUGGGUUUGGUGCACAUUUAGCUAAAACUUGGGAAAACACCAUUAGACAAGCACUAAUGCCCGUUCAAACAACUGGAAGAGAAAGUAAUGCCACUGAUACGAGUAACAUCAGCGAGGACAAAAUUACAGACAUGAGCCAAAUAUAUCAAAUAUUUCCAGACGAAGUAUUAGGAUCUGGACAAUUUGGAAUUGUUUACGGAGGAACGCAUAGAAAAUCCGGGCGAGCCGUCGCUAUAAAAGUUAUUGAUAAAUUGAGAUUUCCAACAAAACAAGAAGCACAAUUAAAAAAUGAAGUAGCCAUUUUACAAAAUUUAAGUCAUCAAGGUGUGGUGAAUUUAGAGAGAAUGUUUGAAACUCCGGAAAGAAUAUUUGUGGUCAUGGAAAAAUUGAAAGGAGACAUGUUAGAAAUGAUAUUGUCUUCGGAAAAGGGAAGAUUGAGUGAAAGGAUCACUAAGUUUUUAAUUACUCAGAUUCUCAUUGCAUUAAAACAUCUACAUAGCAAAAAUAUAGUUCACUGCGAUUUAAAACCGGAAAACGUUUUACUUUCGUCCGACGGUGAUUUUCCUCAAGUUAAACUUUGUGAUUUUGGAUUUGCUAGAAUUAUUGGAGAAAAAUCAUUUAGAAGAUCUGUUGUUGGGACUCCAGCUUAUUUAGCUCCAGAAGUUUUGAGAAAUAAAGGAUACAACAGAUCUCUUGAUAUGUGGAGUGUUGGCGUUAUAGUUUACGUUUCUUUAAGCGGAACAUUUCCGUUUAACGAAGAUGAAGAUAUAAAUGAUCAAAUUCAAAAUGCUGCUUUUAUGUAUCCCCCUAAUCCUUGGAAAGAAAUAUCAGGCGACGCUAUUGAUUUAAUUAGCAAUUUACUACAAGUUAAACAGAGGAAAAGAUACACCGUCGAUAAAACAUUAGCUCAUAUUUGGUUGCAGGAUUACCAAACUUGGUGCGAUCUUCGAGAAUUAGAAAAACAAAUAGGAGUUCGAUAUUUAACACACGAAUCGGAUGAUGCUCGGUGGGCAUCAUUUUUAAGAGAAAAUAUUUGA